GUAUUACGAGAAGAACUCCGACAUCCUUCGAUGUGUACAUCGAGGAUGUAACAAAUCGCAGCCAAAAUGGACGACUGCAAUUUGGAAAAGUUGACCAUCAAACCGGGCAAAUUAUCGCCCGUAUUCAAAAUGAGCAUUAUUGAUUACACUGUGACUCUAGCUAGCAAUAUAGAAAAACUUACUAUUGAUUACAUGACCCGUGAUAGUGGCGCAUCAUGUGUUAUUAUAGGCAGUGGCGGUAGCAGAACCCUUUCAUUUGAGGAGGGCAAAAUAACCGAUGUUAAACUAGAGGUAACCGCUGAAGAUGGAAAGACAACUAAAACCUACCUGAUCAAGGUGAAGCGUCUCUCUGCUAAAGAUGCUACUCUGACGGGAUUGAAAAUUAGUUCCGGAAAACUUGAGCCGGAUUUCAGCUCAGAUGUCACAUCAUACACUUGUUCUUUGGCUGCCAACACUACCAGUUUGAUAGUGACACCAACUGCACCAGAUGUGAAAUGUGACAUCAAAGUGAACGGAGCAAAACCUGGCGAUCCCUCGCCUCUUAAUGUUGGAGAUUCAAAGAUUAAUGUCGAAGUCACAUCAGUGGAUCGAUCUAAUAAAGAGACAUACAGCAUCAUAGCAACUAAGAAACAAGUUCCGAGAUAUGUGAAAUUCUCCGACCCAUGUCUGGCACUUGCCUAUGAGUGUCCAGUGUCUCUGAGUGCACUUUACAGGCCCGUCUCAAUCAGAGGAAGCGACCCAAAGCACACCUUCUCUGGUCCUAUCAUCGAUGAAUUCACCAAGACGUCAAAAGUUGACCCUUUGAAUGAGAUGCCCUUGGACAGUGAUUGGCGUAUACCGGAUUUUGAGCUAGAGAAAAAGAUGUCACAGGCUGUUGUUUCAGUACCUCUAGUGUUUGGAGGUUCUUCAGAUGCAGUUAAAUUUGGCGAGCUUGGAGGUCAUUUAGAGAAAUGCAAUAAGACGCCAAAAGUUCAAGAGGGGAAGUUCCAAAAUGCUGCUGACAAACCAAAGCACACUGUGGAGAUACGUGCUUGGGAAAAACAACUUCACCAGAUCUAUGAUGAAACAGACCCAGAUAAGCUAACAAAAGCUGCUGAAGAUUUCUUACAAAAAUAUUAUGCAUCUUUGCCUACCCCUGGACAAACGAGAAGAUAUGCUGAAGGUGAGUCUCCUAUUGACCUGCUCACUAACGCCAUCUAUUGUUAUGCUGUGGCAAUAAAGAGCAAACCCAAAGAGGCCCGUCACCAUCUAAACCUAGCCAUGGUCCUUGAAGAGAAAUAUAUAGCUGAAGAUAGAUAUGGACUCAAACAGGAGGAAUCUUAUCAAGCAGCUGGUCUGAACAUGUCAGCUCAGGAGAGCUCGAAGGAUGAAGAAGUUGAUGCAAUUUGUAAGCUGCGGGGUGUUGGUCCGAAUGCACCCCUGGCCCUCAAGUUGAAAGCAGUUGACGAGGAGUUCCAUCAUUUGUUGGACACGAAAAAUCCCGGAGCUGAUCACGUUCAGCAACUAUAUGCGUGGAAGGCUAAACAAGCCUCACAGGAAGGUGCUGCUGCCCAGAAAGCCACAAGUGAUGACUCUCCACUCGGUCAAGCCUACCUAAAGUAUCUCGAUGCGCUGGUUCUGGAUGAUGCAAAGGCAGUAUACAGCUUCCACGUAGGCCGUUUCUUGGUUGUUCAGGGCGAGUUUGAUGAGGCGGUAAAACGGUUAGAAACGGCUUUGAGCUGGAAUGCAAAUUUUCAAAUGGCUAGGUUUUAUCUUGGACUUGCUCUUGCUCUGAAGAAGGGAGGCCCUGGAACAAGGGCCAAGGAAGCCAUCGCCUACUUGCAGGAGGGAAUGGAACUUCUUUUGGCCAAGUGUUCAGAGGAAGCACUGAGAGCUGAUGAUACGAGCACAACGGCAACAAGUCUUGCAGCCGAUAACCUGAUGUCGAUCAAGAAUGUUCAUUUCUUGCGUGGCAUACUACAGCUUGGUAAACUCCUGCAGAAAAAUACGGACGUUAAGGAUGCCAUGACACCAUCGGAUGUAUUCCACACGGCGGCAUUACUCUCAUCCCAAGCCCUGCCCACCCUCUCACGCGGUGAUGGCUACCAGCAAAUGGAAUGGGUCCUCCUUGAUGCUCACACUCUCCUCUUAGAACAGUUAUCAGCCAAUCCAAAAGGGAACGAAGGUGCUAUAAAACAAAGAUGUGAACGGUUGUCUGCCCUGGUGAAAAGAUGUACCAUACCUCAAAAUGCCGAGCUCCUUUCUCUUCAGGAAAAGACUUGUCAGAAAAUGAUCGUGACUAACCCAUGCAACAGUCACUCCCUCUAUCUUCUCGGAUGCGCCCAGCUUAGUCAGUGUGAGAACACCAAGGGCGACGAGGCCGAGAACCUUAGGGAACAGGCAAUGAAGUCGUUUAAAGCGAGCAUCGUGUUGGAGGGCAAGCCGGCAUCUGGGGAUGCUCCUGCAGAAGUCAAAGAGCAAAAAUGGUGGCAGGAUCGAGUCAAAGCUGAAGAGGAGAAACAAAAAGCUGUUGCAGCGAAGGCCACUCCAACUAGAGGAGGUGCACCCCCUGCCAGGGGUGGAGCUACGCCCCGAGGGGGUGCUAGAGGGGCUCCAGCAAGAGGGGCACCAGCAGCAAGGGGGAGAGGAGCCGCAGCUGCUCCUGCUAAGGCUGCACCAGUGAGAGGAGGUGCUGCAGCCAAACCAGCACCAGCAAGGGGAGCACUCGCUAAAGCACCAGCUAGGGGUGCAGCAAGAGGUGCAACUACGGCAGCCAAACCUGGGUCUGCAGCUAAAAAACCUUCAUCGGCUUCUAGUACGUCGUCUACUCACAAGUGCACGUCUGUUGCAAAAGUAGAAGAGACUAAACCAGCUGAGCCAGCCGCCACGGAUGCCCCAGCAGCACCAACCAAAGCUGGACCCAUCAACAGGAAGACAUAUCACGCCAGGCUGGGACUGGCAAGGGCAUUGGCUAAGAACACAAACGAUAUGGAAGAAUCAAAGAAAUAUUAUAAUGAGGUCAUCACCAUGGCACCAGAGGUCCACGAUGCGUACAUUGAGGUGGCCGAAAUGCUGACUGCAACAGACCCUAUGGGAGCUGUAGACAUCUACUGCAAGUUUCCUGUUCCUGACGAACCAACAUUUGACGAUGCGUACAUAUUUGGAGAAAUAGUCCGUCUGACGUUCAAGGCGGAAAAAUAUGAUCAUCCGAAAUUAGCUGCGAAUAUGAUUGCGUUAGGGAGAGUGAUGGGACUGCCGAUCCUCGAAAAGUAUGUCAAGAUUCUCGAAGACAAGUUCAAGAACGAUAUGCUGAUGAAGGUUUAUGCUGGCGUGAACGGACGAUCGGUCGAUGAUGAGGAGAUGCAAGGAUUCUUCAGGGCAAAGUGCUGGAUGUGAGAAAGAUGACAAUGAUUGUUCUGACAUUAAAAACCUUAAAAAUGCUGUCACUGACUGGAAGCUUUGGCAUGGCAUGUUUUUCCCAUGCCAGUCGGGCAUGUGCGAUGGACUUGUCUUCAUUUCUCAACAACUCAAUUUGGAAAUAGAUUGUUGCUCCAAAUGGUCUGGUGGAAGUGGCACCACCUGCUUUUACUGUUGUAUAGUAAUUGUAAAACCUUUCUUAUGAGUUGCACUGUAAUGUGUAAUUCUUAUCUGAACCCAAUUCCAAUAAUCCCGCACACUUAAUUCCAAGAAUUACACAUUACAGUGCUACUCAUAAGAAAGGUUUUACAAUUACUGAACCCAAUUCCAAUAAUCCCGCACACUUAAUUCCAAGAAUUACACAUUACAGUGCUACUCAUAAGAAAGGUUUUACAAUUACUAUACAACAUUACAUUGUGAACUUGGCUCAAGAUUUCUUUGUCUUUUGCCAUUUUCUCACAUGAUGUAGUCCCUGAAGUAAUCUGUGAUACUCCUGAAGCCUCCACACAUGCAGACUCCGUCCAUUCGGGUACAACCGAUAAAGUUUUGAAUUGCAUAUUUUGUUAAUGACACCGUUAUAUUGACUGAUCUAAUGUUUGCAAGUUAUGUAUGUUUGUGUGUGCUUUCAUUAUGAAAGUGACUGUAGUCUGAUAACCUGGUUAAGUUUGUUUAAAAAUUCUUAUAUUUUUAUAUCUAAUUGAAUUGUGAUUUGUAACAAUAGAAUGCA